CCCCCGUAACAACAGACAGCGACAGUGCACUAACUAACACAGCCUCAGUGACGCAGUGACGUAUUCGAAGGAGUAUUGCUCGUCUUGUACCCCCGCCCCUACCUAGUUGUGAUUUGAAUUGCGAUUUAUCUUUUACUUCUCCCAUCACCCUUCUCGAAAAGUCGAAAUUCUCGAGUCUCGACGUCUCAUGUUGUGUUAGUGUAUCGCUAUGGUGUAUGUGUAUCAUCGUGCUUGUCGUUAGAGAGUAAUAUUUAUUCGUUUCAUCGUUUCGUUGUAAUAGCUAUCAAGCUACAUAAGUUACGGAUUCACCGCGUGCUGCUGUUUUUUUCUAAUUAUUAAUCAAUCAAAAUCGUCGUCACGCGUCUAUUAUUUCGUUUCCUUUGAUGUCUUGAAAUCGCCAUCAGUAGCAGAAUUUUAUUGCACAAUAUUGAAGGAAUUAUCUCAAGUUUCUAUAACUCUUGCCUGAGCGGUUCAGAAAAAUUAACUUUUUUAUCCAUCAAGUGCGAAUUCGAAAAUUCACUCCUUUUCCUCUCAUUCGUUCGUCUCUACGAUUUAGGAUCGAUGAAGUUUUUCUAACGAAUUCUACAUAGAUUUGGGGUCAAUUUUCCAAUUGAAGCGGUGAUACCAACAUCAGAAAAUUUACAUCGCAUCAUUUAGAAUGUUUUCCGAUUCCGAGGAAACUGUCCCGACGUUACAAUAUCUGGCUUGUCAUCAGUUUGCUCGAUGGUUGUGUCAAGAGCAAACCAAGAACUGUUGUUUGCCAACUGAUUCACAUUACUUUGAGGAAGCAUUCUUUGACAACUUUAAAGAUGAAAUCCUUACUACUUUGAGCAAAAAUAACGCGUUUAUGCCGACAGUUUUUAGAAUAGCCAUCGCAGAACAAGUGGAGUCCAUAAUGCAAGAAAUGAAAAAUGAAUUAUCUCACCUGGACUUGAUAGGUCUAUUGGAUUGUAUGCUAAAAAAGCCAAAAUGGCACGACUUUGUAUUUUUGUGGUGGUGUUGUUUUUGGCGCGAAGCUGGAGACGAGAUGUUUUUAACGAUGUUCGAAAGAGUGAUGGAAAAAUCUGAAGAACUUGGUUUGCAUACAAUACCCGAAGAUGAAUUAUCAUCCUAUAUCAAAAUAUGGAAGAGCGCUUCGAAACGUUUGAAACUCAAAGUGUUUGAGAACCUGUCACGUUCCUUUACAAAAAAAGGCAAAUUUAGGCCUACUAGAAGCGUUGAAGAAUUGUUCGGUUUACAGCGUGAUUUAGAAUUCCUUAUGAAAUUAUUCGAAGAUUUCGAUUUGUCGGACAGACUUCAAAUAUGGAUAGAAAAUUGGCAAGACCUGAUCUAUGGUGUCAGUCCAACGCAUCUGGAACCAUUUAUGGAAAUGUGUUGCGAAAGUGAUGACGAUGAGGCGUUUCGGGAAUUCAAAAAAGCGUGGCUUUCUAAACGUGAAAUUAUUGAAGAUUAUUAUUGUAUGCUGAUUGAUAGAUUUUGUGUGAACGAAUUGGACGAUUUCAUGUAUUUUUAUGCGAGCUGUUCAUCGUCAGACGAGGAGGUACUUCAGUUGGCCCAACGCAUAAUCCAUACUUACUUCGUCUUAAAUCCGCUUCCAAAAUCUUACGAACAUUUACUUCAUAUUGCUCAGUCUGACGCGUGGUUUGGUGAAGCGAUUCGAAUGCCUGAACUCGAGUACCUUAUGCGAGUAGAAGUAAUCAAAAUGAAAAAGUAUUGUCAUUUUUUGAUUCAAAAAGCCAGAUUCAACGAAAUUCCGUAUCUGUUGAACUACUUUUUACCCAAGAAGGAAGCGAAAAAAUAUGAAAAACAGUUCACGAAGUCGUUCUUUUUUGAAACCAGCGCUGUUUUCGACCAAAUUUUCGAACCUUGGAUGUAUUCUGAUAUAUUUCGGAAACCGAUCGAAUUCGACACGUUUAUCAAACGUGUAUUUCCUUCAACCAAAGAAGCAGCAAAUUUCAAAAAAAAGAUGAUUUACUCCCAAAAUACCAUAAAUGCUAUUCGUAGUCAUUUAAGCGCGAGCGAAAAAUCUGAUGCGGAUAAUUUCGUGCGAGUGUGUUUAUGUUCGGAACAAGAAAUAUCUGAUUGGGAAGAUACGAUGUUGCGUGAUACUGUAUGGCGCAUCAGAAACUCGCUCGAUCUUGGGGAUGCGUUUUCCCGGCUAACUGACAUUAUAGCAUGGUGUACUGGAACUGAAGAAAGGACGUCUGAAUUCAAAUCUUUGUUGCCGAUUGACGAAGCGUUUGAAAUUAUUGCCCGCUGUAGUUCUUCAAGAAAUGGCUAUGACGUUGGAUUAACGAGAUUUUUCGAUUUUGAUCGUAUUUUAAAGUUGUGGUAUCCCGAGAUCGAAGAUAGGGUUAAUUUUAAAAUGCAGAAGUUGCGAGAUUACCUAAACGAUGAUUCUGUCUUAGAGGUAAUGUUAUUAACGUACAAAAAUGAUUUUGUUCAAUGUGGUACAGAUGAUGAAAGGCGCGAGGUAGUCGUUAGUUCAUGUCAGCAUUGACAAAAGUGUCUUUCACCUCCCCUUUAUUAUACUUUUGUUAGUUAUUAUUUACUGAAGGAUUCAAUUAUAAAUAGGUAUGGUUUGUUCAACUGAGUAUUACAAAUACAUGGUUCUGUAAUUUACUA